AUGACAAUUCAUACUGGAAAGAAACUAUAUACUUGCUCUCUAUGUCAAAGAAGUUUUUCUGAUCCAAGUGCUCUCACAAAACACAUGAGAACUCAUACAGGAGAGAAACCACAUGUAUGCUCUAUAUGUCAAAGAAGUUUUUCUGAAAUAAGUACUCUCACACAACACAUGAAAACUCAUACUGGAGAGAAACCAUAUACUUGCUCUAUAUGUGAGAUAAGUUUUUCUCUUCAAAGUACCCUCAAAAAACACAUGAGAACUCAUACGGGCGAGAAACCAUAUACUUGCUCUAUAUGUCAAAGAAGUUUUUCUGAUUCAGGUGCUCUCACAAAACACAUGAGAACUCAUACAUGA